AUGGCGCCCAAAGUUCUCAUGGUUGCCGAGAAGCCUAGCAUAGCUCUAUCAAUCGCCUCAGUACUCUCACGUGGGCAGAUGUCGACACGGAGGGGUACAACAGAGGUCCAUGAGUUUGAGGGAAUGUUUUUGGGGUCCCCUGCCCAUUUUAGAGUAACGUCCGUGAUUGGUCAUGUUUUCAGUGUGGAUUUUCCGGCUCCUUAUCAAAAUUGGGCAGCAACAGAUCCUUUAGAUCUUUUUGAAGCACCAGUUCGCAAAACAGAAGCUAACCCGAAGGCUCAUGUCUGUAGGCACUUAAGUCAAGAAGCUCGAGGCUGUGCACACCUGGUGUUGUGGUUGGAUUGUGAUCGAGAAGGUGAAAACAUAUGUUUUGAAGUUAUUGAAUGCACGGGGUUUCAAAUAAAUGAUGAUAAAAGAGUUCAUCGUGCUCGCUUUUCAUCUGUUACCGAGAAAGAUAUUUCUAAAGCCUUAAAGAACCUUGUUACGCCCAAUCGAGAUGAAGCAUUGGCUGUAGAUGCCCGUCAAGAGAUUGACUUGAAAGUUGGAGUUGCAUUUACCCGGUUCCAGACUGGUUAUUUCAACGGUAAAUAUGGAAAUCUUGACUCCAGAGUCAUCUCGUACGGACCCUGUCAAACUCCGACUCUUGGGUUUUGUGUGCAACGACACCUGCAAAUUGUAUCUUUCAAGCCAGAAAAAUACUGGGUUUUGCAUCCUCACAUACUAUAUAAGGGUUAUGAACUGAAACUGGAAUGGGAGCGCAACAGGUUGUUUGACAUAGAUGUUGCAUCAAUGUUUCGGAACUUAGUAGCAGAAGCUGGAUUUGUGAAAGUUAAGAGCAUAUCAGAAAAAUACGAGUCCAAAGCUCGUCCAUCUGGGCUUAACACUGUAAAUCUUCUGAAGGUUGCUUCAAGUGCAUUAGGCUUCGGGCCACAGUUAGCUAUGCAAAUAGCAGAGCGCUUGUACACUCAAGGUUUCAUCAGCUAUCCACGUACUGAGAGCACUGCAUAUCCUUCGUCAUUUGACUUCAAAGGCACCAUUGAAGGACAGGCUUCUAACCCUGUAUGGGGUGAUUAUGCUCGAAGUCUUUUAGCUGAUGGGUACUCUAAGCCGCGAUUAGGAACUGAUGCUGGUGAUCAUCCCCCAAUAACACCAAUGCGAUCAGCAACUGAAGAUAUGUUAGGGCAUGAUGCAUGGAGGCUAUAUCAAUAUGUUUGUCAACAUUUUUUGGGGACAUUGUCUCCUGACUGCAAAUACAGAAAGAUAAAAGUUGAAUUUGAAGUUGGAAAAGAAUUAUUUCAUUGUACUGGAUACAAUGUCACCAUUAAAGGUUUCACAGCGAUUAUGCCUUGGUUGGCAGUUAGUGAGAGGAAUCUUCCUGAUUUUACUGAUGGAGAGAAGAUACCAAUUUCAAAACUCGAACUUGAUGAGGGGAAUACUCAGCCUCCAGACUACCUUAGUGAGAGUGAAUUGAUUUCACUGAUGGAGAAGAAUGGGAUAGGUACAGAUGCAUCCAUCCCUGUGCAUAUUAACAACAUAUGUGAGAGGAAUUAUGUGCAGGUACAAGCUGGACGGAGGUUGGUUCCAACUACACUAGGAAUAACUCUGAUAAGAGGGUAUCAAUGCACGGAUCCAGAUUUAUGUUUACCUGACAUCCGCAGUUUCAUCGAGCACCAAAUCUCCCUUGUGGCCAAAGGUCAAGCCCAACAUGAGUUGGUUGUGCAACAUGUUCUUGAACAAUUCAAGAAGAAGUUCAGUUACUUCGUGAAGCAGAUUGAAAACAUGGAUGCGUUGUUUGAAGCACAAUUUUCACCAUUAUCUGAAACUGGACGCAUGCUGAGCAAAUGCGGCAAAUGCCUGCGGUACAUGAAGUACAUAUCAAUGCAGCCAUCGCGGCUCUACUGCGGAACGUGUGAGGAAGUUUAUUAUGUACCUCAAAAGGGUACAAUCAAGCUGUAUAAAGAACUUACUUGCCCUCUUGAUAACUUUGAGCUAUUGCUCUUCUCCUUGCCUGGCCCUGAAGGCAAAUCCUUCCCUCUGUGCCCUUACUGUUAUAACUCUCCUCCGUUUGAAGGGAUUGGCGCGUUAUAUGGUGCCAACACUAAAAGUGCGGAUUCAGCAAAGCUGGGCAAGGGAGUUGGUAUGCCUUGUUUCCUUUGUCCCCAUCCCACAUGUCAGCAUUCUCUGAUAGCACAGGGGGUCUGCGCCUGUCCAGAGUGCAGUGGAACACUUGUCCUUGACCCUGUGAGCGCUCCCAAAUGGAGACUAUAUUGCAACAUGUGCAAUUGCCUUGUUUUCCUUCCAGAGGGUGCUCACAGAAUCACGACGACCAAAAAUAAAUGUACCGAGUGCGACUCCACGAUAUUAGAAGUGGAUUUCAACAAGAAAACAACUCCAUUGAAAGAUGGAGCCACUUUAUACAGUGGGUGCAUUCUCUGUGAUGAGCUGUUGCAUUCACUUAUUGAGAUGAAACAUGGAAAAUCAUUUUCUUUCCGAGGACGAGGAAGGGGUCGCGGACGGGGCAGAGGGAGAGGCCGUGGCAACAGGGUUAAGCAAGACCCUAAAAUGAGCUUCAGGGAUUUUUAG